AUGGCGAACGACGAGGUGUUAGGGCCGCGGAAGACAAUGUUGGUUCUAGUGAUUGUUGUGGGGUGUUUUGCAGUGCUGUGGCCCCGGAUUCUGUCUCCUUUGCUCGUGGGCCACACGCAGGAGCAACUAAAGCCGAAUAAAUUCGACCGGGAGGCAGGAUGCUGUGAAGUUAUAUUUCAAUCAGAAGUUGCAGUACUAGAGUUAGUAAAUGAACUGUGUAACUCUGCUCUCGGAGUCCAGUUUUCCUCCCAAUCUGCUGUAGAAUGCCGGAAAGCAGUGAAUGAAUCAUGCGGGGUAGAUAUAGCUGCUUUUCUCAAGAACGAUGAGAAUGUUGGUAAAUCCACCAAGAUGCUUGUUGAAGCGAUGAAGAAUACCAACAGUUCAUGUCUAAGGCAGCAGUUUGGAGUACCAAUAUACAGCCUUAGCGUCCAUUCACCAUUCAACACCUGGAUGUUAAAAGACUCUUUGAAGCAAGAACGACCUCACCGUGGCCUUGGUCCUCUACCGGCGCUGCGGGAGCGCGGUCGAGCUAUUCCCCCCGGAGUUCCACCACCUGGCCGUCAACAGAUGCCCCCCCACGUCAGGGUACGGUCUCCUCUAUCUGUGUACUUCGAACUGGAGCCCCCUCCAAUCCCGGGCAUGCGGCCCCCACUGGGUUCACCUGGGGGUCCGGUGGCUGCCCCAAAGUCUUCCAUGGGCUUCGUCAUGCCGAUUUAUACAAUUUGCAUCAUAGUGUUCUUCGUUUAUACGCUUAGUAAGAUCCUGUUUAAACGCUCUGGGCAUCCGUACGAAUCUGUUUCUCCGGACCCUCAGUUUAGGAGACGAGUGUUCCGAGAUGACUCGAGGACUACGCCUGAUAAGCUGGUUGUCUCGGCCAUAUCUGGCCUGGUAGCGGAGGUGGAACAGCAGAUGGAGUCGAGCCAGCAACGACAGGAAUCCCAGGAUAGUCAAACCCGCCCCCACACAAAUGGUACAGUUUUAUUAAACACGGGUCCAGUUCAUAUUGUGACUAGUGAAUACCAGGAGCCGAAGGAAAAAGCUCAGGAUUCGGCGGAAUCCAAACAAACGUUAUCGGACAGUAAGGACGAGGUUUCAGAAACGACACAACCACCUCAUGAUACACAAGUACACACAUCAAGUAACAAAGAUCUAACGCCCAUACCAGAAGAACAGGCAUGUUUGUCCGAUGUAAACUCAACGCAAAAUACAUCUUCUGCUAUAGAAGAAACACAAAAUUCAACAGAACAAAAUGAACCUCUUGAAUUUCAUAAGGAAACAAAUGAACUUUCCAAAGAGACAGAACCUUCCAUAGACACGAAAGACUCUUCCGAAGAACCAGAAGAGCAUCUUGUAGAUUUAAAAGCGCCUUCCUCAGAUCACAAAGUACCCCAAGACCCUGAAAAUACCGUUCAAAUCCAUAACGAUUCAUCUUCUGAUAUAAACUUAUUAAUAUCAUUGAAUGAAUCACCCCUAGACCCGAAUGACAUUCGGACACAGACAUCAAAUCCAGUCAUUGACGAACAGGUUUCUACAGAGCGGGAAUCACCUGUUUUAUUAAAGGAACCCGAUCUGAAUGACAAACAAGAAGAUGAAGUAAGAGAUUUUAAUGAAUUGGUAGAUGAAAAACCUCAUUCAGAAGAUGAUACUAUUAUGUUCCCGAAAGACUGUUCUGUAGAAAAAGAAUUAAAGGAGCUCUAUGAGUCUUCUUCUGAGGAAGAAUUAAUCCCUGAACAACUCGACGAUAAAGAGCAUAGGGAAGUUUCAUUAUCCCCUGAACCUGAAGCAUGUAUUACACCCGAUCGUGACGUCACCAUUACAGUUCAUAAUCCUGAAAAACCAGUGAUCCCAUCCAAAGAAUCAUCGACCGAUGACGAGCUGAUCAUAUUAGAUUCAAAAGAAAUUCUUCCAGAUUUAAACAAAUCUAUUUCAGAUUUUGCUGUGCAACAAGCAGAAAAUGAAAGCAUGCACAAGGAUAAUACUGAACCAAUAGAAAACACAUCUGUAGAUAAAGAAGCCUUAGUCCUAGAAAAUUUAAUUAAAGUGCCCGACACAGAUAAGGAAGACAAAUUAUCAAAUUCAACAGAAGAAUUUUUGAAGGAAGAAAGGGAGAUUGCUACUAAGGAUGGUCCCACUACGCCGGAGCUUUUGGCUGAAGCUUUGAAAGAAGAUUCACCAAAAGAUAUGGAUGAAGUUAACGAAAACUCGGUUGUAAAAGUGCUAGGCAUGGAGACGACCGCACAUCCGGUGGACGGUAGUACGUGGUCGGAUGCUCGGCCGACUCUUACACCUAAACCAAUCGCCCCGCAACAGCACAAAGCUGAAGAUGUGAAGUCGAUAUUUCUGGAGACGGAGAUACCCCAACAGUCCCGUGUGCUCGUAGCUGAUUUCGAAGAUCGCACUCAAACACAAAAACCCGCCAAGAAUUCGCCGUUGGUGGUAAGCGGCAAGAUGACACUGUCUUUGAUACAAGACGCGCCGCGGGACACGCCUGAAAGAGACGCCGAAUCAACAUUGGAUGAGUUCACAACUGCUAGUAGUAUGACACAACCGCAGGCAGAGAAAGAUGAUUUAUCAGACGAGGAAAUGGAAGAGGAGAUAGAAGUAGAAGAGAUUGAAGAAGAGUUAGAGAGUGAAGAUGAAUUAGAUAAUAAAACUGGGAAGUGA